AUGGCGUCCGCCAAGUACCAGCUGCCCAAGCUCCCCUACGCCUACGAUGCCCUCGAGCCCGCCAUCAGCAAGCAGAUCAUGGAGCUUCACCACAGCAAGCACCACCAGACAUACGUGACAAACCUCAACGCGGCGCUGGACAAGUACUCCACCGCGACGAGCAGCAACGACAUCCCGACGCAGAUCUCGCUGCAGGCGGCUCUGCACUUCAACGGCGGCGGGCACAUCAACCACAGCCUGUUCUGGCAGAACCUGACGCCGGAGUCGUCGGCGGGCGCCAAGAGCUCGGCCGCGCCCAAGUUGAUUGAGAAGAUCAACGCGACUUGGGGCAGCGAGAAGGCCUUCAAGGAGAAGUUCAACGCCGCGCUUCUCGGCAUCCAGGGCUCUGGUUGGGGCUGGUUGGUCAAGGUUGAGGGUGAGAAGGAGGACCGACUCAUCAUUCAGACGACCAAGGACCAGGACCCCGUCGUCGACCCCGGCCACGUGCCCAUCUUCGGCGUCGACAUGUGGGAGCACGCCUACUACCUCCAGUACCUUAACGGCAAGGCCGCCUACGUCGACAACAUCUGGAAGGUCAUCAACUGGCAGACGGCCGAGGAGCGCUUCCUGGGCACGCGCGGUGACGCCUUCAAGAUCCUGAAGGCUUCCAUCUAA